AAUGGCUGCUCCUUCCGAUACGUUGACAGAUGAGGACGGGGGUCAAGGAGGGGAGGAGACGCGCCGACGACGGCAUGGCAUGCUGAAGAUUUAUUACGGGAUGGACGCCGAGUCCAAGGGGGAAGGGGCUACAUCAGACCCCUGUGACAUUAAUGGAGCCCACUUCCAGCCAGACAUCUUUCUGACGAAAGUGAUCAAGGAGAAAUCAUUGACAGAGCUGAUGGACAAGGAGCAUGAGAUGGUGAAGCAGAUCAAGGCCCUGGAUAGUGACAUGCAGACCCUUGUGUACGAGAACUACAACAAGUUCAUCAGUGCCACUGACACCAUCAGAAAGAUGAAGAACGACUUCAGAAAGAUGGAGGAUGAGAUGGAUCACCUAGCCACCAACAUGGCCUCUAUCACGCAGUUCAGUGCCAACAUCAGCGACACACUUCAGGGUCGCCGGCAGCAGAUCAUCAAGCUUUCUGGGGUUCACUCCCUCCUCAAAAAGCUGCAGUUUUUGUUUGAGCUACCUGCCAGGCUCAACAAGUGCAUAGAGAUGCAGGCAUACAGUCAGGCUGUUAGGUAUUAUGCUAAGGCCAAGAAGGUGCUGCAUCACUAUAAGCACAUGCCAAGUUUCCAGGGAAUCCAUGAGGAUUGUGUACAGAUUAUAACCCAGCUGGCAGCUAAACUGCGGGAGACUUUCAAGGACAAAGAUUCCUCCCCCAAGCAGCUGACAGAGUGCGUGGACUUGUUGUUACAGCUGAAUGAGCCAGCAGAAGAGCUCUGUGAUGAGUUUCUGGAUCAUGCCCGUCACAAGCUGUCAUCUGACCUGUCUGAGCUGGACACUCAGAUACGUCUACAGGCUGGGGAGGAAGUGGUCACUGAGGGGGACACUAGUGCCCAGACUUACCUUAAUGCUCCUAUGGACAUUUUGGAGUUUGUGGACUCUGGCUGUAACAACUUCCUCAGCAACAUCUGUCUGCUCAUCGCCUCCUACAAUGACAUGUUCCUCAACAGACAGCAGGAUGAUGAGGGCCUAGAUGCCAUAGCAUUGAAGAAACUGGUGAACUUUGUAAACUGUUUGAUGGAGCAGUACUUUGGAUUUGUACAGAGGAGAGUUUUGCUGGAGAAAGAAACUGGAGACAACACAAUUCUGGUGCGGGCAUUGGAUCGUUUUCACCGGCGUCUUCAAGCCAUGAACAAGCUGAUUCCCAACACAGACUUCUCCAGGGCAGGCACUGAGAUUGUAUCCAAGGCUGCCAAAGACAGGACUGCCCAUUACCUUCAGACUCUCAAACAGCACUUCUCAGACUGCUUGACCGAUGUGCGUCAGAAUCUAGCAGCACCUCGUCUCCUGGGCAAAAAUGAAGGUGGUGCUAACCUUACAGAGCUCCUCAACACCACAAUGACCUCUAUCCUCGAUCAGAUCAAGUCGGUGUUGGCAAACUUACAGGCCUUCAUAUCCCCAGACAUAACAUUUGCGAUGAAGCCCUAUUUCCGUGGUCCAUUCUGUACCCAGGAUGUGAGGGAGGGCUUAGUUGUGGCUUAUCUACAUCAUAUCAACCAAGUCUGUCAUGAUUUCUGUGAAGGAGUCAAUGACAGAGUCUCCGUUCCUCCUGCCCUGCUUCUUAUCCUCGCCAGACUCUGCCAGGAUUUUGAUAACUCCACCAUCUCGUAUCUAAUCACCCUGACAGAGGAACAGUUUAUGCUAGCUGAUAAGACACCCAUGAGUUCUGUAACAGAACUCACCAAUGAAUCCAAGGCCACAGCCCAGAAGCUGCUUAAUCAUUAUGUCAGGGUUCAGGGCCUGACUAUAUCACAGAUGCUAAGGAAAAGUGUGGAGACGCGUGACUGGCUAAACACAAUAGAGCCACGGAAUGUGCGAGCCGUGAUGAAGCGAGUGGUGGAGGACAUCACAGCCAUUGACAGCCAGGUGGGUCAGCUGUACGAGGAGGGAGUGAGGAAGGAGAGGAGCAGUGACUCCAGCCGCAGGACUUUCAGCCACAGUGUGUCCACCCAAAGGAGGCCCCAGUACUUUACGCCUAGUGUUGACAACAGCCUAAUGAGUAACAUACAGAAGCUAUUCUCUGAGAAGAUCGAGAUCUUCAGUGCUGUAGAGUUCUCCAAGGUGUCCGUGCUGACUGGGAUCAUCAAGAUCAGUCUGAAGACAUUCAUGGAGUGUGUGAGGCUGCGGACGUUUGGUCGCUAUGGUUUACAGCAAGUACAAGUGGACACACAUUACCUUCAGCUGUACCUGUGGAGGUUUGUCUCUGAUGAGAACCUUGUACAAGUGUUAUUGGAUGAGAUAGUCUGCAGUAGUGUUCACAGGUGUCUAGAUCCAGUCAUGAUGGAACCCAGUGUGAUAGACCUGAUAUGUGAGAGAGGCUGAAAGGGGAAGACUAACCAAACACACUUUCACAAAGACGUCGGACUUGUACGAUAUUGCACACAUGGGACAGUAGUAUGUUAAUAGUGA